UCCCUCUACAAAGAGGCUAAAGAAGUAACUCACUCCUCUCUCACAAACCCUAUUUCCUUUUUCUCAAGACAAGCAGAUCGAGAACACAAAGAAUGGCAAAAACCGAGGCUUCUAGUUUGGUGGGGAAGCUUGAGGCAGAAGUGGAGAUCAAAUCUUCGGCUGGAAAGUUUCAUCACCUGGUCUCAGGGAAACCACACCAUAUCACCAAAGCAGCUCCAGGCCACAUUCAGGGAUGCGAGCUUCAUGAAGGCGAGUGGGGCAAAGUCGGCACCGUUGUCAUCUGGAACUACUUUCAUGAUGGAGAGGCAAAGGUUGCGAAGGAGAGGAUCGAGGCGUUGGAGCCGGAGAAGAACUUGAUCACAUUCAGGGUUCUAGAAGGUGAUAUGACGAAAGAGUAUAAGAGUAUCACAUUUACAAUCCAAGUGACUCCUAAGCAGGGAGGGCCAGGGAGUAUUGUGCACUGGCUCCUUGAGUAUGAGAAAAUUAGCGAAGAGGUGGCUCACCCUGAGACUCUUCUCCAAUUCUGUGUUGAAAUGUCCAAAGGGAUCGAUGAAUAUCUCUUGACCGAAGAAGUGGAGAUUGCUCCUAGUGUGGCUUUCUGAGUUUGUGCGUCUUAAGCAUGUCUGCUGAAAUUAGUCUUUGAAACUGCAAUAAAUCAUGAGCCGUGUCCAAGUUUGGGUAGGAGAUAUAUAUGCUGGUGUGUCAUAUGCA